AGAGUUCUCGGGACUUAUGCAUUUCAUUCAUUUGUAAACAAAAGAGUUUUUGGUGAUUUUCUUUUCGUUUAUUUUUUAUCCUUUCGUUUGCCUUCUUAUUUCUUUCGUUGGGGACAUCCUUUAUUUUCAUAUCAUAACAUUGAAAUGGAUGUUUGGGAUGUUUGUCUGCUAUGCCUGGAGCCCAAGCAAGAAUCCCCCGAGUGUAUUCUCGUAACAUCAAACCAGUGGCAAGAAGAAAAGAUGGGCGAUAUAAUACAAAAACAUUUCUGGCCAUUAAAUCACAUUGCUUCCACUUCAUGGAUUUGUACGAAAUGCUGGGACAUGGUCAGAGAAUUUCACAAAUUUUAUUUGCACAUAGAAGAUAGCCACAAGUCUUUUACAUCAUUGUUAAAGUUGGAACCCGAGGAUUGCGAAAUUAAAACAACAAAAAAUGCGGACACAUUGGAAGCUAAUGAUGUUACUAUGAGCAAUGAUAAAAGCAUUGACUGUUUGGAUGGAUCAAAAUGUGACGAUGCAAAGAGUUUACCUUGCUUGGCUUUAAUGAAAUGUGAAACUAAUAACCAAGAAGAGGAAAUUGUGGCCGAACAAUUGAACAAAGCUCCUAGGACUCGAAGAAGCAAAGAUCCCUUGCAAACGUCCGUAAAUACUAUACAAACCAGAAAAUCCAGGAUGUCAACUAGAAAAACUAGGAAGAAAACAACAACUGCGGAAGUACAACAUUUAGACGUACCCACAAACAAUCAAAAGGAUAACGACAGUGAAACAGAAAGAAAUCCAGAGGAUUCCGUUGAAAACUUGGAUGUGGGUUUUAACUCAGAUGCGGAUUUAAAUCCUUCCGACAAUGUAAUGAGCCAAAAUGAAGAUGUUAGCAAUAAUACAGAAACUGAAACUUUAUUUAUAUUUCCUCCCAAAACGAAACAAGAAGAAGCCGAUGACUUCUUAACAGAGAAUUUGAGUAUUACAUGCGACAUUUGUAAAUCGCCAAUGAAAACCUUUCAGGAGCUGUGCAAACAUUUUCAACAAGAACAUAAACAACCCGGCUAUGUGAGAUGCUGUAAGAAGAAAUUCUCCAGUCGUAGCCUGCUGGUAGACCAUGUACAUUGCCAUUUAGACCCCGACUACUUUAAAUGUAAUUUGUGUGGUAAAGUGACUGCCGAUCGAUUUUGUUUGAAAAAUCAUUUUCAAAACCAUAAAGUGAGAGAAAGAUCGGAAAUUUGUGAUAUUUGUGGAAAGGCUUUUACACUUGCCUCGACACUGAAGAAGCAUAAAUUAUUGCAUUUACCUGAUGAAGAAAAGAAAUAUCCCUGUGAAGAAUGUGGUAAACUAUUUGCUGAUAAAUUCCUGUUGAACAACCAUUUUCGUUUUGUACAUUCCAAAAAAUAUGUCCAUAUCUGCGAUAUUUGUGGAGCGAAAUUAAGUGGUAAAGAUGCCCUUGAACGACACCAACUGAAACAUAAAGGAAUUCCACGACCCACCAUUACCUGUAAUAUUUGUGGUCUGAAAAUGACAGAUCCAUCUUAUCUAAAGCGUCACAUUGCAACCCAGCACCCAGAGGAUGGUAAAAAGGAAUUUAAAUGCCAUUUAUGUCCGAAAGUUUCGCCGACCUUGAAAUCUCUUAAAAGACAUAUAGUAUACAAACAUGAAACUGGAUAUGAUUUUAAAUGUACAAUUUGUGAUAAAGGUUUUAAAAGAUCAACAACGUUGAAGGAACACAUGGCUGCUCAUAUGGGCACAGCUUUGUAUACAUGCCCGCAUUGUCCAAAAACAUUUAAUUCGAAUGCCAAUAUGCAUCAUCAUCGCAAAAAAGUUCAUCCAAAAGAAUGGGAAGAAACUUGCCGUGCCAGAUACUCGGGUAAUUUGCCACCUAACUACAAAGGUCCUGGAACUAUGAAAGAUGAGUUGGAGAUGCAAACAAUAUCUUAUCAAUUUGAUGUUUUGGUAUAAAAGUGCGUAUGCCAAUAAAGAUUGUAGAAAGAACUCAAAAUAA